AUGAAACGAUUAGAAAGAGUUUAUUUAAUGAAUGUUAUUUUUUAUUUACAAAAAAUAGAUGAAUUAGUUAAGUUUUUACAGAUUAGUAAGAAUUGUUAUGAGUCAUUUCAAAUGAUGCAUAUAAAUCCAAAUUAUUCAUUAAUAACACAAACAAAAGAGUUACAAAUAUUUAAAAAUUGUAAUUCAUUACAAACAGUUUGUGGAGAGUUACAUAACAUUAGUACAUUUGAAUGUAAUUUUAAUGCUAUUGUUAAAAUACCAGAAAAAAGAAGUUAUAAAAUAGUAGAUGAUAUAAUUCCUGAUUUAAAAGAAUUAAUAAAAUAUUCAUCAAGAAUUAUUAAAUUAAAAUUAAUAACAAAUAGAAAUGAUUUUGAAAUUCAUUGGAUAACAUUUAAUCAAUUAAAUGAUUUAACUAUUGAAUUUUAUGGUGAUAAUUAUUAUGAAUUAUAUAGUCAAUUUGAAAAUAAUAGUAAAUUACCUACUAUUUUAACUUCUACUUUUCUUAAUAACUGGAAUUUUGAAGAAUUAAAACAACUUCAAAAUCUUAAAAGAAUUUGUAUUAAAUCAACAAAUUUAGGAAAUGACCCACCUCCAUUAGAAUCUUUAAUUUAUUGUGAUCAAAUAAUUCAAAUUGCAAAUAAAAAAAGAAAAAUUUAUUUUUAUGGAAAUGAAUUAAAUAUAAAAUCUCCUAAUAAAAAUGUUAUUAUUAUGUCUAAUUCAUUAACUGAAGAUAUUCAUUCAAUUUCUUCAAAAGAAGCAUGGUCUAGAAUUGAUAAAUUUCAUUUUGAUUUAUUCGUUAGAGAUUGGCAAAAAUAUUAUCCAAUGAAAACAUUAUUUUGUUCAUCUAAUCCUUUUAAUGAUCUUUCAUCAGUUAAUUCUCUUGUUGAAAUAGAAAUUGGUGGUUCAAUGAUUCCUUUUAAAUUUAUUCUUCCUAAAAACAUUAAAAAAAUAACAGUAAUAGGAGAUUUAAAUAUUAUUGAUAUUUCAUUAUGUAGUAAUCUUGAACUUAAAAUACAAUCACCUGACAUUUCUAUAUUACCUUCUAAAAAAGAAAUUAUUUCUAUUAUUAUUGAUUGUCCUGAUCUUAUUCAAAAAGAUUUAACUAAUCUACGUCUAUUUGAAUCUUUGAAAACUCUUAUUUUAAAUGAUUAUUUUAAUUCUAUUAUUUUACCUGAUCUUCCUGGUGUCAAUAUCACUAUUCAUAACAAACCAAAAACACUUUCUCAAAUUAAACCUAUUGAAGAACCAAAAAAAAAAUUUUCUCAUUGUCUUAUUAACUAA